AUGGCAGGCGAUGAGUAUUCCAUCGGUGGCGGUAAGCUCAAGCUAAAGGGGAGCAAAGUCAGUGGAGGACGGAUCGAGAAAAAGAAGAAGAAGAGCACAAAGAAGAAGGAAGAGAAGGUAGAAAGCGACGCAAAUGCAAAGGCAGACGCAGACGCGAAUACCGAGACUGGGCUGGAGAAACGGGGUGAGAAAGACGAGGAAGUGAAGUCUGGUGAGGAGAGGGAAUGGGAUAAUCCUGGGAAGACGGAGACCGAGAGGAAAUAUGAAGAGAUUCGGCGCAAGCGGUUACAUGAGCGACUUCAGCGCGAUGGCGUCAAGACUCAUAAGGAGCGUGUGGAAGAUCUGAACAAAUAUCUCAGUCGAUUGAGUGAGCAUCACGACAUGUAUGUGGUUCUACUGUUGGGAAUCGGGAUGGUUUGCUGA